AUGAGCCACAAUAAAUUUCUAAAUCUCAUUGGUGUUGUGUUUACACAGGCAAGUUUUCUUUCCGAUUCAUACUCAGUAAUUGAGCAGACGGCUGCUCUCAACCGGUUGAAGUCGUGCCUUCUUGAAGUUAAACGUUUACAGAAAAGGUCUCGAGAAGGUAUGGCUCGCACAGCAUCGUCUCCGAAUAUCUUUCCAUUUUUGGCCGGAUGUUUAGCGUUGAAUAGUCUCAUGUUAUGGCUUAUCUAUAGAUGGAUUCGAAAUAGAGAAGAGGUCGCAGCACUUACUUCUGCGGAGACAGACCAGAAUAACGCGAGGGCAUCACAGGAAAUCAAUACAGCUCUGAAAGAUCUCAUGGUCCUCUAUGAAGAACUUCAAGUCAACGUCCAAGAGAUGAAAGACGAUUUGGCCAUAUUAAGAAAAGAGAAACGUGAUUUCCAAGAAGAAAUCCGAGCACUUGAACAAAAAGCGAACGAACAAGACGAAAAACUCAACAAUGUGCGGGUUUCUUUGGAAUCAGAACUGAAGAACACCAAGGAUAACCUUAGCGCUCAACUGGGACGCGUUAUUGUAUUUCACGAUGAGAUUCAGGAACACAAGAAGAGAAUAGCUGAUCUUGAGGCGAAGUUGGCGAAAUAUUCCGAAGAGAUAGCGACGUUACAGCAUCGAGAAAAUGGACCUGCGGAAGAUAUACCUUUACUAUAG